AUGUAUCCAAUUGGAACUAUAAAUGUUGUUACGGGUAUAUUCCAGUCAUUCAAUGUCGAUCAGAAAAAUAAACCUCUUGUGAAAAUUACAAUCAAUGAAAGGUCAGGAUAUUUGUAUGUUGGCGGAAACAAUAUUCUUCUUCAACUUGAUAGUAAUUUAUCCAUGAUUAGUGAAGUGACUGUCGGACCAAUUUUGGACAAUUCAAAGUGUUACCCACUGCCUGUGCCAUGUGCCUAUCAAAGAGAUUUAACUGAUAAUAAAAUACAUGUUCUGGCUAUCAAUGAACCAAAUAAUUACAUUUUAGCUUGUGGUACAGCAAACCAUGGCUUAUGUACGGCAUACUCAUUAAGUGACAUUGGUGCAAUGAACAAAACAUUGAACCCGAUGAAAGCAACCAAUAAUAUUGUCGGCAGUGUUAGUGGUAGUUCUUACUCAAAUUCUUAUGCCUUUUUUGGGUCAACUCAUAGUGCGUUGCAAAAAGAAAAUCCUGACAAUCAAUUACUCUAUGUUGCCAUGGGGACUGCCAAUCAGUCCUUACAGUUUACACCAGCAAUGAUUUCAAGUCGAGAGAUAAACUCUUCCUCGAACACAUGGAAUAUAGAUUAUUUUCUAAAUUCUCUUACAUCCUCUUCAUUUAUGAAUGUUAAACCAUCACUUCAGUAUAAUUUUCGUUCUUACUAUAUCUAUGGAUUUGAAAAUAGUGGCUACACAUAUUUCAUCUCAGUUCAGAUGAAUGAUCCAACAGCAUUUGAAGCUGAGAACAAUAGAUUUGUAACAAAAAUUAUAAGAAUUUGCCAAGAUGAUGAAAAAUAUUCAUCCUAUACAGAACUCCCAAUUGAGUGUACCCAUGGAGACAAAAAAUAUCAAAUAGCAACCAGUGCAAAACUUUCAGAUUAUGGAUAUUUGCCAUUUGAAAAGUUUUUAUACAUUACUUUUGGAAAACAAGAUGAACUUAAUCCUUCUCCUGAUAGGAGCCAAGGGUCAGUUAUGUGUACUUUUGAGUUUAACAAAAUUACAGAGCUAUUUGAAAAGUUACUACAAGACUGUUUUACCAGUGGAAUUGGGAAUGAGGUUGCUUGGUUUGUUGGUAAAAGUCUGACAGAGGCAAGAGCAUGUGCAAGAGAUACUGGACAAGAUCUGAAAAACUUUUGUGGAGGAAAAAAGAAUUUGUUUGGUAUUCAGGAAAGUACCAAUUUAGACCAAAGACGCCAACAAACGCUGACAUCUUCAGCUAUUUACCAUGAGGCAAAGUCUAUCUUGUCUUCUGUAAAUGUAAUACACCAGAAUAAAGAGAAUGUAGCAGUACUAGGUACAGAUGAAGGUUAUCUCAUGAAGGUUUUAUUGAAGAAACCAGCAGUAAGCCUUCCAUCUCCAUACAUGACAUACGAUAUAACAAAGGACAGAAAAGUUAAGAUUGAGCCUGGAGCUCAGACUGAUUCUUCUGGGACCAGUGUUUAUUUAUUGUCAAAUAUUCAGGUGAUAAAGUUCCCAUUAGAUGCAUGUGAAGUACAUACAACAUGUGAACAGUGUGUUGGUGUUGAUCCUCUAGGUUGUGGCUGGUGUGGAAACAAGUGUACUUCACAACAAACUUGUAGCUCUGGAUGGUCAGGACAGAGUUGUCCUCCCAUUAUAACUAGGCUCUGGAUGGUCAGUGUUGAUCCUCUAGGUUGUGGCUGGUGUGGAAACAAGUGUACCUCACAACAAACUUGUAGCUCUGGAUGGUCAGGACAGAGCUUUCCUCCCAUUAUAACUAGGUGUGUUGGUGUUGAUCUUCUAGGUUUUGGCUGGUGUGGAAACAAGUGUACUUCACAACAAACUUGUAGCUCUAGAUGGCCAGGACAGACUUGUCCUCCCAUUAUAACUAGGCUCUGGAUGGUCAGUGUUGAUCCUCUAGGUUGUGGCUGGUGUGGAAACAAGUGUACCUCACAACAAACUUGUAGCUCUGGAUGGUCAGGACAGAGCUUUCCUCCCAUUAUAACUAGGUGUGUUGGUGUUGAUCCUGUAGGUUGUGGCUGGUGUGGAAACAAAUGUACUUCACAACAAACCUGUAGCUUUGAAUGGUCAGGACAGAGUUGUCCUCCAAGUAUAACUAGGUGUGUUGGUGUUGAUCCUCUAGGUUGUGGCAGAUGUGGAAACAAAUGUACCUCACAACAAACUUGUAGCUCUGGAUGGUCAGGACAGAGUUGUCCUCCCAUUAUAACUAGGAUUUCCCCCAUGUCUGGACCUACUAAUGGAGGAACUCUGCUGACUUUGGAAGGACAAAAUUUUGGUACAAUGUCUCCUGAUUUUAGAGAAAUAACUAUUGGAAAAAAUAAAUGUUUUACAACAACAUUAAUAACAUCAACAAAAAUUACAUGUAUUACUGAGAAGAUGACUGUUGAAGGUGAAGGACAGAUCAAGGUUAUAGUUAAUGAUAGCAACAACACACCUUAUCAGAUAAAUGGAGAAUACAUAUCCCCUGAUUUGAUAUUCUCUUAUAAGUCUCUAGAAGUCCUUGAUUUCACACCAAAGUAUGGGCCUUUAUCUGGUGGGACCAAGUUAGUGAUAUCUGGAAAGAAUCUGAAUGUUGGAGCAAAACAUUCGGUUCUGGUGGCAGGACAAAAAUGUGUCAUUGAACCUAGUGGAGGAAUACAGGAUAUCAGAUUAACAUGUCUGACUCCUAAGUUACUGUACAGCAAACGUAAGAGGAAGAGAGAUACCAGUCCAAUUCCAGUGUAUGAUGUGUCAAUUAGAUUGGACAUAGAUGGAUUUACUUACCAGUUUAAUGAAAAUUUCCAAUUCAUGCAAGACUCAACUGUCACAUCGAUUGGACCACAUAAAUCUAUACAGGCUGGUGGAACAACUGUGACAGUAACUGGUACUAAUCUGCAUAUUAUAUCAGAACCAAUGAUCACAGCUUCACUAGUAUAUAAUAGGAAAAACAAACAAACUGUACCAGUGGCUUGUUACAACUCUUCUCGAGAUGGGACAACUUUGUUAUGUCCUUCACCAAGUAUUACAACUGCCAUGGAUAACGAUCCACUGCCUUGCUGUAGCUACAAAUCAGUCUAUCUAAGUUUCAUUAUGGAUGGCAUCCAGUCUGUAAAACAACUACCACAGUCCAUGUCAUACAUACAUUACUUCCUUAAUCCUGUGUUUCUUCCAUUUGCUGAUGAUGAACAUAUACGAUACUUUUUGAUUACAGAGGAGAGGCUUGAAAUUAAGGGUGAACACUUGGAUUAUGGUUUGACAACAAAGGAUGUGACUGUUACUAUUGGUAACUGUAUAUGUGAAGUGACUGUUAUAAAGGCCUCUGUAUUGUACUGUACAUCCAAAGAUAAACCAUCAUCAGUUGGUGAUGAUGAACCCAAGAGAACAGUAAAGGUGAAAGUUGGCUGCAUAACUUAUGACAUAGGAAAAUUAAUUUACAAACAAGAAAUAGCCUCAGCCAUGUCACCAGGAAUCAUCGCCAUGGCUGUCAUUUUACCGUUAGUUGUUCUCUGCUUUAUAGUACUUGUGUAUAUAAUAAAACGCAAAGAAAUUGGACCUUUUAAAAAAUCUCAAGAUAAUCAUGGUGCUCAAUAUGCUGCAGGAGGAGAAGAGGCAUUUACUGGACCGGACUCUGCAGGACAAAAAGUGGUUGAUAUGGAAAAUGCCCAAAAUGCUAGUGCUGAACAGAAAAUGUCAGGGGAACUCCCUCAUGGAGCUGAGAGUAGAUCUCCCAUUCUGUUGGAUGAUGACACACUGUUGGUAUUAAAGGAUGAAAAUCUCCUCAUAGAGAGAGCAUGGUUGACACUUGGUCAAAUCAUUGGGAAAGGUAAUUUUGGUUGUGUAUAUAGAGGAUACUUAGAAAAGCCCAAUGUCAAAGGAUCACAGCUUGUAGCAGUGAAAACACUUCAUCAAGAUGACCCAAGACAGUUAGAUGUAGAUAGCUUUGUUGAGGAGGCAUUAAUAAUGAAAGAUUUUCACAAUCCCAAUGUGCUGACUUUAACAGGGAUAUGUUUCGGCAUGGAUGACAUGCCUCUGGUUAUUUUACCAUUGAUGACACAUGGAGAUUUGUUAUCAUAUAUCAGAAAGAAAGAAAAUAAUCCAACUAUUAAAGAUCUGAUCCUGUUUGGAAUAGAUAUAGCUAGAGGUAUGGAGUACCUCUCUGGGUGUAAGUUUGUACACAGAGAUCUGGCUGCUAGAAAUUGUAUGCUGGAUGAAAAUUUCCGUGCUGUGGUAGGAGACUUUGGUUUGUCUCGUGAUAUCUAUGCCAAGAAUUACUAUGCUAGUGAGAACAAGAAAACUAAAUUGCCAGUAAAAUGGAUGGCUCCAGAAUGUUUGGAGAAAGGACAUUAUAGUGUUCAGUCUGAUGUGUGGUCAUUUGGUGUUGUACUGUGGGAGUUAAUGACAAGGGGAGUUAACCCAUACCCAGAGGUAGAUAACUGGGAUGUGCUACGAUAUAUAAAGAAGGGUAGACGAAUGCCACAACCACCAUUUUGCCCUGAUAUCUUAUAUAAAAUGAUGUCAAAGUGUUGGUCAUUUAACCCAAAUGAUCGUCCCAAAUUUUCAAAACUUGUCCAUGCAAUAAAUGAAAUGAUUAAUGUAUUGGAACAACAAAUGAAGCAAGGACAGCAUACAACAGACAUUCAAAGUACAUAUGUAAACACUGACACUUGUACAGACUAUCAUUACCAUGACAACAAACAUCCAGCAGAAGUAACAGAGGCUAUCGCUGAAGUGGAGAAUUUAUGUUAAUUUGAUUGGUGCAAAUUUUUAUUUAUGUCUACGGCAAAACAAUUCCCCCUCUACACAGAACAUAUUGAGCUCAGAAUUACUUUUAGAAAUAUGGUAUCUUACAGUUUGGUACUUUGAAUCUUCAAAAUGUGUUCAAUAUAUUUUUGUGGCUGUACUUAUGCAAUUGGUAGCUCACAAGUAUACGAAGAAUGCAAUGAAAACAGCCUUUUUUGUAUGAUGUUUAAAAUGUAUUGAGAAUUUUAAUUAUUAAACACACUGCAUUGAAAAUACAAAUUAUGAAACACACUACAUUGAGAAUACAAAUUAUGAAACACACUACAUUGAGAAUACAAAUUAUGAAACACACUACAUUGAGAAUACAAAUUAUGAAAUUCACUACUUUCAGAAUACAAAUUAUGAAACACACUACUUAGAGAAUACAAAUUAUGAAACACACUACUUUGAGAAUACAAAGUAUGAGAAACACACUACUUAGAGAAUACAAAUUAUGAAACACAUUACAUUGAGAAUACAAAUUAUGAAACACACUACAUUGAGAAUACAAAUUAUGAAACACAUUACUUUGAGAAUACAAAUUAUGAAACACACUACUUAAAGAAUGUAAAUUAUGAAACACACUACUUUCAGAAUACAAAUUAUGAAACACACUACAUAGAGAAUGUAAAUAAUGAAACAAAUCUCAUUUUUUAUUGUAAAUACAGUGACUAUUACAAAAAGAGUACAGCAAUUUGUUCUACCCUUUAGGAUAACAUGUUUAGUUAUCUUGCACGGAUACUUAAAGAAAAAAAAUCUGCUGUAAGUAUGUAUUAUAGUAUUGAUGUUGGAUUAAGAAAGUCAAUCUAAAUUCAUUUAAUUACUGUGAAUUUCCUAAGAUAAAUUGACAUUCAAUAU